AAACUACCUACGAUUUGUGUUUUCAGGUUUGAGUUUUAUCGAUACAAAAAAAAGUAAAUUAAAAGAUGGAGACGGUAUUAGUAGUCAUAAUUUAGAAGUGUGGAAAUUACUGCUUUCAACAUUGAAAGAAGAUAUUAAGAAUAUUAUGAAUAAUGAGAUGACAGAAGCAGUGAACUAUCUAUCAAUUUUAGAUAAUAUAAUAUCAUUAUUGAAUGAAAAUAAUAUCCCUAGUUCAACAGCAUUAUUUUUUCGGAUAUAUUUCUUAGACCCUGACAAGCAUGCUACUAUAGAGAGUAAAUUAAAAUCAUUGUCACCAAAAAACAAAAUAUGGGAGUCAAUUGAAAAUGAUAAUAUGUAUAACAAAAAUAUUUCUAUGCAUUAUUACUUAAUGUUCUCUAUUUUUGGAAAAGAAGUUAAGGAUAGAGUGGUAAAUAUAAUUAAAGCAAUUCAAAGGCCGGUCUUAUGCGUCGAAGAUAGAUUAUUAAACUAUGAAGCAAAUAAAUUGGCAUUGGAAAUGUUUCAAGAUUGCCUGGAUGAAAAUACUGAAUGGACAUCUAGUCAUAAUAUUGUAUGUAAAGAACUUAAUGAUCUUAAAAAAACAAAUAGAGUCUUGAUUAAAACAAUAAUUCCCAAAUUAACUACUGAGCACUAUGCUGAGCGUCAUAAGCAAAACCCAAUAAAAGAGCUUUAUAUAAGUCUAUCAACACCAGAUAUGAUGAUUAAUGAGAAGAUAUUGCAUGUAAUUGUGACUGCGGCAAUAGACUACAUCGAUACAAAUUCAAAUAAAUAUAAGAAAAUUAAAGAAAAUAUCAAACUUGCAAUCAAGUUUCUGAAACAUUACGCCGAAGGUCAAGAGCAAAAACUAAACGAUGAAGAAAAAACCUACAUUUUGGACGAAGAAAAUAUACCUGAACAAGACGUUAUUAAUUAUGAUACAAAAGAACAUAUGGACGUAGUGUACAAUACAUAUUAUUCAAAUAAAGAUAUCAGAAUAAAGAACAUUUUUAUUGCCUUUAAGUGGUUAGCUGAAUUGAACGGAGUACUUAGUAAUAAUUCGGAAACUGAUAUUUUACAGUAUCAAAUAGAAUUAAAAUCAUCAAUAGAUAAAGCAACUAAAUUUGUAAAAGGUUACGAUUGUAUUUUUUAUAAUGAAGAUCAUUUGAAUUAUUUGAGAGUUAAACGGAAAGCCAAAAUUCUAGCACCCAUUAGUCGUUGGGAAGCUUCUAAUUGGGCUGGUGGUUGGAUAUCCAGUAAACGAAAUAAAAUUACAUUGAAAAUGUUAAACUGUACAACAUUAAAUGAUAAACAGAUAGAAAUAUAUGUUAAUAUGAUGUAUCCUGCUGAGUAUGAUACAAUGUACUCAUAUAUAAAAGAUGCUAUCGAUGAAGUGGUCAUUAGUUCCGAGGAUCGAGUGAGAAAUAUGGAAGCUCAUGAACUAUUUAGUAAGUAUUUGAUGCAGCGCAAUAGAAAUGCAAUUGAGAAGGUAAAUCAUUUAAUUUGUAUUAUGUUUAAAAACUUAUUUAAUAAUUUAUCAAAACUAUGUUUCGUUUAAGCGUUAAAAUAUAAU